UGCAGAUGUGAUUUCGGACAAUUUGUCUUACUUUUAUGUGGCGAUUUGAUUCAUAACAAUCAAGAGAACACAUUUUGUCCAAACUGGACUUUUACAGAUUUCAUAGGUGACUGAAAAGGAGAAAACACACGUUGGCGGUUGGAUAUAUCGUAACCUUGAGCGUAUCGCAGCUGACUGUGUAUCACCAGCUGUUUCCCGCCACGAUAAUAAACCACGCAUACUCUCUAAACCACGCCGGGUUCAUCUGAGACAAAAUAAUAACACUGUGUUUUUCCUCCAAAUAUCGCACAAUUUUCCUUGGAAAAUAUCGCUGAUCUGUGGGAAAAUAUGGCGUAUUAUAUGCGCAAGAUGGAGAAAGAAUUUUCAGAGAUGAGCGGUGCUAUGCCAGGUCCGAUUUCGUCGCCAGUUGGAGGUCAGAAGGAGCAGGACAAACGCAUCCGCCGUGAGAUCGCCAACAGCAACGAGCGACGGCGAAUGCAGAGCAUCAAUUCUGGAUUCCAGUCCCUUCGCACUCUCCUUCCGAACCAUGAUGGCGAGAAACUCAGCAAGGCGGCCAUCUUGCAGCAGACGUCUGACUUCAUCUAUCGCCUGGAGCAGGAGAAGACACAGCUGCUCAACCAGGUGAUCCAAUUCAAGCGCAUCAUGCGCAAAUACGACAAGGAGGAUUCCGAGUCGCCCUCGCCCAAACGACGGAAGCGCCAAGACAGCAUGAUGGAUGAAGGAAUCGGCAGCCCGGAAAACUUUGAAGACACAAAUGUGGAUGAGCUAAAACGGGAACUUGUAGACCUUCGUUGCCAGUUAGACAGAGAGAGAAGGUAUCGGAUGCUUCUGGAGGAACAGAACAGGUCCCUCGAGUCCCAGCUGUAUCCAGAGAAAUUAAAAGAGCUUGCUCAACAGAUAAAAAUCCAAGAACAGAGGGCUUACGAAGAGCGUAAGAUCAUGGAACAGCCACCACCGCCACCGGCACCGCGGCCCGUCAUAAUGCAGUACCAACUCACCCCGCCCCCAUCUCACAUCAUCAGCCCGGCCACCACGCUUACGACGUCGAGGCAAAACCUGGAGACCAUCGUGCAAGCCAUCCGCCACCUGGAGGGAGACAAGACAACGCCGGGCAACACGCCCCAGCAGACGCCCAGCCAUACCCCUACCCCAGAGGAUGAGGCGCGGAAGGUGCGGGAAGACGAGGAGACGUUAAGCGGUGAUGAGGACACUUACCGUAAGGAGCACAACGAGUGUUCGGUCAUUGUCUCAGACACGGAGAGCCAUCUUAAUCUGAACAGAGUAACUGUAGAACUUCUCCAUCCGAUUGACAGGCUUAAAACACGGCCCAGCAUCAUUGUGUCGUGAUGAGGAUACUUGUGCUUUUAUUUUUGGGUAUUUAUUCUUAAAAACUAUUAAAACCAAAACAAAACCUAGUUUAAUAGCUAGUUUGGUUUUUAACUAGUACCUGGUAAAGUAUAGUAAUGUGUAGUGGAUGGAUAUUUAUUGACAAGUCACGUUUGUAGUGAUUAGAUUAGAUCAGAUUAGAUUAACUAGAUAUCAAAUUGUAAUUUUCUAUCGUCGGUUGAGGGGAGACAUUGUCACUCCUUUUGUGUUGUUGUCGUCUUGGUAACGUUGUGAUUUCAGAUGUUUUCUUGCUGCACAGUUACCAGCAAGUUUACCCUGUACUACUGUACAUACAAUGUUUGUACAAAAGUACUUCAUGUACCAGGCCUGGACCAAUUUGCUCAGUCAAAAGAAACUUAAUUGUGUGUUUCUAAACCUUUCUAAAUGUUCUCAGUUAUUCAAUGUCAAUGAACACAGAUAUAAACACCGGCCUGAUGAGCAAUCUUAGAUCGGGACAGACUCUUUUUUUUGGUCACUGCAUUUUUAUUCAAAUGCAAAUCACGAUAUCUGCUGUGCAUGCUAGCGUUGUGCAAGGUGCUUAUUUUCCUUAACAGCUAAAACUUUCGCCCCUAAUACCUGCGUAGGUUCUACACUGUCGCCUCUCAUCAUAACCGUUCUCCUUCAUUUUCUGCCCCCAAAACGAAAUGAAUCACAGAAUGUUCUUGAUGAAACAGGAUGGAUUGACUUAGUCAUAAAUCUGUCCGGUAGUUUUUUUGCCGGCAUGGACAUUGUUUGGCAUGUAGGCGUACAUACUGGUACUAGUGGAAGGCGGUGGAAAUGAUGCGGCACUUUCUACUAGCAGCAGUCGAUCGAGCUGCUCUGGGAAUCUUUAACAUAGAAAAGUCAAGUUCAGACAGGUGCCACGCAUGAUUCACUCGCGUCUAGAAGGGCAUUCAACCCUGGAUGGUUAUCUUCAAGAAAAAUGAUGGCAAUUCUGUCAUUUUCAACUCAAAAAUCUCUCUCUUUUUCUCUCCCUGAAACAAAGGAUGUUUAUUUUUUUUUCAUUACAAGCCACUGUCUAAACCACUAUCGUUGCAAGUGUUGUACCUUUUCUUUUAAUGUUUAGUCUUGGAACUGGUGUUUUUGUUGCGGAUAAUUUGAAUAUUUCAAAUUAUCUGUGUUGUGGCUACUAUUUCCAAGUGUUAAAAGGAUUCUGAAAAAAUAAUACGCGACAGAAUUUUAGAUUUAUUUCCGUCAUGCAUUCAUUUCACACAUGUACGAGUAGUGUUGUAAACGCCUCUUCAUGGAACCUGGAAGGUAUUGUAAACAAGUAUUAAGGUUUCAAUACAAAGGCGGAAAUAAACAUACACUGUUGGUUUUGCCAGAACUAUUCUACCAUCACCACCACCAGCCAGUAUCCAUCGAAAGAGCAAGGGUUAGAGUCAGGUGACUGUGAGAAUGUGAACAAAUGGGUCGAGUCAAAGGUCAGUAGUACAGUCAACGCUGAAUCACAUUCUCCAGUCUAGACUGGCUGUUAAUCACGAACGAGACAGCUUGGUUGCCUCGGUGGUGCAGGUGGGGGGUAAUGUUGCCUGGACCCUUGCCAAGUUUGGGAUACAGUCAUCAUGUGGGAAGUUGGACUCAAUCUAGCAUCAGAUCCUCAACGGGGACUGGGAGGGGGAAAGGGGGUGUUGGGUGCGUAGUAAAGCAAAUAUAUUCAUUGACUCGGACAGAGCGGAUGAUUAUCAUAGCCACCACCACAGUGAAGUGGAGAGGCACUUAAAGCAGGAAGUUAAGUCACUUUACUUUCAUGGGGGGGGGGGGACCGGGGCGUUCUACAUACACGUACUCCCCUUUGACUGGUUGCCAAGGUCUACCACCACCAACGCUAUCAGCUGGUUGGUUUGUGGGGUUCCCUUGGAUCACAUGCGUCUUUAGGGUUGGCGCUGUGCCAAUCAGGUCUUGGUGUGGAUGGUGGGUAGGAUAGGACACAAUGGCACUGGGUCAGGCAAACUGUUUAUAUCAUGUAGAGGGGGGGGGGGGGAUUUCAUUGAUGUGGAAUGCAGGCUUCUAGGUAGGCUGUAGGUGUCACUGCAUGUCUGAAGCAGAUCGUUUCUGUUUUCAUGGACAAUUGUUUGUAACUGAUAAGCCUUGCUCUCGCCUAACACGCAUUUCUGUGUUUCAGCCAGACUUUGAGGGGAAAAAGUGGAUAAAAGUUUGCUUUGUUUGAAAUGUGGUGUCAGAGUUGCCCACUUUGUGACUGCUACUCUCUUAUAACAUGGGAAUGAAUCACAUUAAAAAAAGCGUUCAAACUUGUAUCUCAAAGACUACUACCAUAUACCACCUCUGGCUGAAGCUACUCUCAGAAUAUUGAUUUUCAUACUUAGAAUUAUAAUUUUUGUUGUGCCACAGUUAAGAUUCCUUGAUAGUAAAUGUAUAAGAAAAGGUACAAUAUUGUGAAUGUUGGUGAAAACAACCGAAUACUCAACCUAUAUGUUAAUACCUUGUGUAUUGGCGUAAAAACAACUGAGUUGAAGCCCAAUUUCGCUGAGCCGCUGAAGCAGAAAGUGUCUUAACCGUUUUCUGAGCUGGAUACCAUUCACAUGGCUUUUAACAUUUCUUUUGUGCUUUUAAAGCAUCUUAACUUUUUUUUUCCCCGCUUUCUUGAUGGGAAAACUUGUUAUUUCGCUUUUACUUUAGGCCUCUUUUUGAAGGCAACAAAUCUAUGGGAGCAAGUUGAUUUUACCAUUGGAAAAAAAUUAAGCUUCACAAUAGGGCCCCUUAACUGGGUGGUAAAAUGUACGUUUUUGAUUGUAGUAUAUGCUUGGUGAAUGUGUUUAGUGUUGUCUAGUCUUAUGAAACAUGUAAAGUAUUUGUAGCUGAGUAGUCUGGUGUAGCCAGCAGAUUUACGUAGGGUACAACUCUGAUGUUGAACUGUCAAAAGAAGAAAAAGAAAACAAAAACAAGAAAAAAAAACUUAAAAUAUUUAUUGAGAAAAAAAUUAUGAGUA